GCCCCGACCUUGCCCUUCGCCUCCUCGCCCUCAUGCGCCGCCAAGGCCUCCUCCCUGACCAGCAGAACUAUACUCUUGUCCUCCAAUCCCUUCUCCACUCCCCCGACCCCCCUGACCCUUCCCUCCUCUCUCUCCUCUCCUCUGACAUCCGCUCAGUCCGCCUCGAGCCAGACGCCCGCCUCCUUUCUGACCUCAUCGUAGCCUUCUCCCGCGCCGCCGACCCCGACGCUGCCCUUUCCGUACUCGCCCAAACUCAGGCCCAGGGCAUCACCCCCAAAUUUUCUGCUGCCGUCGAGCUCAUCUCCGCCCUGGGCAAUUCUGGCCGCGUUGAUGAGGCAGAGGCCAUAUUCGCCGAGCUCCGCCACUGGGGCCUUCAACCCCGAACCCGCGCUUACAAUGCUCUCCUCAAGGGCUAUGUUAAAACAGGUGCUCUUAAAGAUGCAGAACAGGUGCUCGACGAAAUGGAACACUGCAGUGUGGCACCUGAUGAGCGCACUUACAGCCUCUUGAUUGAUGCCUACACCAAUGCUGGUCGGUGGGAGAGCGCCAGGAUCUUGAUUAAGGAGAUGGAGAUGAAUGAUGUCCGGCCUAAUUCUUAUGUGUUUAGUAGGAUAUUAGCAAGUUUCCGGGAUAAGGGUGAGUGGCAGAGGUCUUUUGCUGUGUUGAGAGAGAUGAGGAACAAUGGCAUCCACCCAGAUCGCCAUUUCUACAAUGUGAUGAUUGAUUCUUUUGGAAAGUAUAAUUGUCUUCACCAUGCCAUGGAUGCUUUUGAUCAGAUGAGGGCUGAUGGCAUUGUGCCUGACGUUGUCACGUGGAACACACUUAUUGAUGCACAUUCAAAGGCUGGUCGGCAUGAUCAAGCCAUGAAGCUGUUUGAGGAGAUGGAGAUGAGUGGGUUGGCGCCAUGCACAACAACCUUCAACAUAGUUAUUAACUCGUUGGGCGAGCAAGAGAGGUGGGAGGAAAUGAAGGAGCUGUUUCAGAGGAUGAGGGAGAAAGGGUUACUGCCAAAUGUGGUGACCUACACUACACUUGUUGAUGUUUAUGGAAAGUCGGGGAGGUUUAAGGAUGCCAUUGAGUGCUUGGAAAUGAUGAAGUCUGGAGGGAUGAAACCUUCCCCAACCAUGUAUCAUGCCCUGGUGAAUGCGUAUGCUCAGAAGGGUCUAUCAGACCAGGCUAUACAUGCUUUCAGAGCCAUGAGAGCAGAUGGUAUCAAACCUAGCGUUUUAGUACUUAACUCAUUAAUUAAUGCAUUUGGAGAAGACAGAAGAGAUGCUGAUGCCUUCUCUGUACUGCGAUUUAUGAAGCAGCAUGAUAUGGAACCCGAUGUUGUGACAUAUACAACUCUUAUGAAAGCUCUGAUUCGUGUUGAGAAGUUUGAAAGGGUUCCAUCUGUUUAUGAAGAAAUGAUUUUAUCUGGCAUCACACCUGAUAGGAAAGCUAGAGCCAUGCUGCGAUCAGCCCUCAAAUACAUGAAGCAGACAUUUAGAUAAUAUUCUCGUUCAUGCUUCAGACUGCAUAAGGCUUUGUCGUUGCUUUGUGCUUUCUGAAACCAGUUAAAG